GCUUGUUUAGUUUUGAAUCGACUCUCGAAGCGAGCGGUCACCCGAAAACGAUGUCAAAAUUAGUGCUAUAUGGUGUAGAGACCUGUCCGCCAGUGCGGGCUUGCAAACUGACCCUGGCCGCCCUGGGUCUGAAAUAUGAGUAUAAACUGGUGGACAUCGUAGCCGGGGAGCAGAGGACCAAGGAAUAUUUUCUGAAGAAUCCGCAGCGCUCGGUGCCCACUUUGGAGGACGAUGGCAAGUUCAUCUGGGAGAGCCAUGCCAUUUGUGCGUAUUUAGUGAGGCGUUAUGCCAAGGAUGAUGCCUUGUAUCCAAAGGAUUACUUCAAGCGGGCUCUUGUCGACCAACGCCUUCACUUUGAGUCGGGCGUUCUAUUCCAGGGCUGCAUCCGGAGUUUUGCCGCACCGUUGGUUUACAAAAACGAGACGGAAAUUCCGCGCUCCAAGAUCGAUGAGAUCUUCGAAGCCUACGACUUCCUGGAGUCGUUCAUCGGCAAUCAGCCGUACCUCUGCGGAUCGGGAAUUACCAUCGCCGACUACAGUAUGGUCUCUUCGGUGUCCAGCCUGGUGGGUUUGGCCCCUAUCGAUUCCAAGCGCUAUCCCAAGUUGAGCGGAUGGCUGGAGAGGAUGAGCAGUCUGCCAAACUAUCACUCGCUGAACGGCGACGGCGCACAGAAGUUAAUUGACAUGUUUAACUCAAGGAUCACGAAGAUUGGGUGACUUUGCACUCUAGCUUAUAGGUUAGAAAUGAGAUUGCCUCCGAUUAAGUAACAAUAAAGUCCAAGUGCUGGAUCCCUUUUCGACACAUCUAUCAUAUAAAAUCUUAAUGAUUAAGAAUAGUUAUUGCAAACAUCUAGGCACUUAUUCGAAGUUUUGUUUUUCUUGAAUCUUGAAUUUAUAGUCUAGUUUCCAGUGCCUUCUAAACUAAUAAAAUAAAUAAACUGACUUUGGAAAAAAAGACAAUAAAAGAUAACCCAAGCUAA